CCAGAUCGGAGAGAUGGGGUGUCUCGUUCGUGGAACAGGCAGGAGGCCAGUGAUACUUCUUGAAGGAACUGGGGCCUUUUGGAGACAAAACCCAGUUGUUAUUCCAGCCACCGAACGGGGGACUGUAGUUACAGAGACGCUACUAGGUCUGCUUUUCAGAUCCAAGUUAUGGACAAAAACUCAAUCGGAUUAUGUAUUUCUCAGCUAGACUACAUAAAUAUUAACAAUGGAUAAAUGCAAGCAUGUUGGGCGGCUGCGGCUCGCUCAAGAUCAUUCCAUCCUCAAUCCUCAAAAAUGGCAUUGUGUGGAUUGUAAUACUACAGAUUCGGUGUGGGCUUGCCUUAGCUGUGCUCAUGUGGCAUGUGGAAGAUACAUCGAAGAACAUGCACUCAAGCACUUUCAGGACAGUAGCCAUCCAGUAGCAUUGGAGGUGAAUGAGUUGUAUGUUUUCUGUUAUCUUUGUGAUGACUACGUUCUCAAUGAUAAUGCAACUGGUGACUUGAAAUUACUGCGGAGCACACUGAGCGCAAUCAAAAGUCAGAAUUAUGACUGCACUACUCGAAGUGGGAGGACUUUACGCUCUAUGGGUACCAGUGAUGACUCUUACCCUUCACAUGGUGGUGCCCAAGCUCUCCUUCGAAACGAAGAUCAAAUGUUCACUGCUCUUUGGCAUAGGAGGCGGAUGCUAAUGGGCAAGGUAUUUAGAUCUUGGUUUGAACAAACUCCCAUUGGGAAAAGGAGAUUAGAAGAAGAAAGACUUGAGGAGGAAGCAGAAGCGAAGAGAGAAGAAGCAAGGAGGAGACGACAAGAACUCAAGCGUCAGUUUAAGGCAGAAAUGGAGAGAAUGCCUCCAAGGAAAAGUUCACGCUUGCAAGGCCUUGCCAGAUCUGGUGUUUUGGAAAUGUUCCCUAUAAAGAAACUUGCCCAGAGCCCGGCAUCACCGAUGACUGGUAAAAAAGCGUCUACCUCACAUGAAACAAGAUUUAAAAAAGUGAGUGAUUCCCCUAUCAAACGAAGACCAACAGUGACUCCCGGGGUAACAGGAUUGAGGAAUUUGGGUAAUACCUGCUAUAUGAAUUCUAUUUUGCAGGUAUUAAGUCAUUUACUUAUUUUUCGGCAAUGUUUUUUAAAAUUGGAUCUGAACCAAACUCAAGAAUUGUUGGCUACAGCUGCUAGUGGAAAGACUAGAUCUUCUUGUAAACAUCCACCAGUCACAGAUUCUGUGUUCCACAUAAAAGAAAAUCAAGAAAAAUAUAAAGGCUCUCCUGGGUCUAGACGGCCAAGUCUGUCUUCAGGUUUAAGUGGUGGGGCAUCUAAAAGCCGGAGCAUGGAACUUAUUCAGCCCAGGGAGCCGAGUUCCAAAUACAUUUCUCUUUGUCACGAACUGCAUACUCUUUUUCAAGUUAUGUGGUCUGGAAAAUGGGCGUUGGUGUCCCCAUUUGCCAUGUUACACUCAGUGUGGAGGCUGAUACCAGCAUUCCGUGGUUAUGCCCAACAAGACGCUCAGGAAUUCCUCUGUGAACUUUUGGAUAAAGUACAGCAUGAACUAGAGACGACGGGGACCAGGUAUCCAGCCCUCAUCCCCAGUUCUCAAAAGAAACUUAUCAAACAGGUUUUGAAUGUGGUGAAUACCAUCUUUCAUGGACAACUUCUUAGUCAGGUUACAUGUCUUGCUUGUGAUAAUAAAUCAAAUACAGUCGAACCGUUCUGGGACUUGUCGCUGGAAUUUCCGGAAAGAUACCACUGUAAUGGAAAAGAAAUGGCUGCCCAAUAUCCCUGCUUGGUUACGGAGAUGUUGGCCAAGUUCACAGAAACUGAAGCUUUAGAAGGAAAAAUUUAUGUGUGUGACCAGUGUAACACAAAGCGCAGGAAAUUUUCUUCGAAACCAGUUAUACUGACAGAGGCCCAGAAACAGCUUAUGGUGUGUCGGCUGCCUCAGGUUCUGAGACUACACCUUAAACGGUUCAGGUGGUCAGGGCGUAAUCACAGAGAGAAGAUAGGCGUGCACGUUGGCUUUGAUGAAACUCUGAACAUGGAGCCCUAUUGCUACAGAGAGUCUCUCAAGUCCCUCAGACCAGACUGCUUCAUCUAUGAUUUGUCUGCUGUCGUCAUGCAUCAUGGGAAAGGGUUUGGCUCAGGACACUAUACUGCCUACUGCUACAACUCUGAAGGAGGAUUCUGGGUACACUGCAAUGAUUCCAAGCUUAACAUGUGCACUCUGGAAGAAGUGUGUAAGGCCCAAGCUUACAUCUUAUUUUAUACCCAGCGAGCUCCUCAGGAUGGACAUUCUAGACUCUCUGCCCCUGAAUUACUGUCUCCCAGCCCACAGCCAGCCAGGGAAGAAGCCAGCCCUCCUCUGAGUGUCAGAAGGAGCUGAUCCAAAGACAGUGGCUUCCUGUAGUGGCUUGGGGCAAUCUGCUUUGAAUCCGGCUGAGGUAGGGGGUUUGUUUUGUACUUUCUCUUGUGAAUCAGUGUACACUAUGUUUAUAUAUUUUGUAUCUAGCAAAACAAAGCAUUCUUUUUACAGAAACAAAGUUGGUAUAAAUUAACACUUGUAUAUUGACAGUAGGUAACUUUUAAACAUUUUUUAAAGGACCUGGAGUUUUCUUAUACAGCUCUUUUGUUUUUUGGUUUGUUUUUUUAAGAGAAGAGUCUUUAAAUUUUUAAUGUUUACCUCAGACUGGUGUUCAU